GUAUUCUGUCCUUACAUUGUCAUUGUACUUCUUCUGUUUGCUUUAGGCAAUACUGGUUUCACAAUGGGGUCCAUCGGUGCAGCAAGCACAGAAUUUUGCAUUGAUGUAUUCAGGGAGCUGAGAGUCCAGCAUGUCAAUGAGAACAUCUUCUACUCCCCCCUGAGCAUCAUUUCAGCUCUGUCCAUGGUCUACCUAGGUGCAAGAGAAAACACCAGGGCUCAGAUAGAUGAGGUUUUUCACUUUGAUAAAAUCACAGGGUUUGGAGACACUGUUGAUCCUCAGUGCGGCGCCUCUCUAAGUGUCCACAAAUCACUUCAAAAUGUGUUCGCUCAAAUCACCCAACCAAAAGACAAUUAUUCACUCAACCUUGCCAGCAGACUUUAUGCUGAAGAAUCAUACCCAAUACUGCCGGAAUACAUACAAUGUGUGAAGGAACUAUAUAAUGAAGGCUUGGAAACUGUCAGCUUUCAAACAGGUGCAGAUCAAGCCAGAGAGCUCAUUAAUUCCUGGGUUGAAAACCAGACUAACGGAGUGAUCAAAAAUAUCCUUCAACCAAGCUCUGUGGAUCCCCAGACUGAAAUGGUCCUUGUCAAUGCCAUUUACUUCAAAGGAUUGUGGCAGAAAGCAUUUAAGGAUGAAGAAACCCAGGCAGUGCCUUUCAGAAUUACCGAGCAAGAAAACAGACCUGUGCAGAUGAUGUAUCAGUUUGGUUCAUUUAAAGUGGCAGUGGUGGCUUCUGAGAAGAUUAAGAUCCUGGAGCUUCCAUACGCCAGUGGGCAGCUGAGCAUGUGGGUUCUGUUGCCUGAUGAAGUCUCUGGCUUGGAGCAGCUUGAGAACGCAAUCACCUUUGAAAAACUUACGGAGUGGACCAGUUCUGAUUUAACGGAAGAGAGGAAAAUAAAAGUGUUCCUCCCACGCGUGAAGAUUGAGGAAAAAUAUAACCUCACAGCUGUCUUGAUGGCCUUGGGUGUAACUGACCUGUUCAGCUCAUCAGCCAAUUUCUCUGGCAUCUCUGCAGCAGAGAACCUGAAGAUGUCUGAAGCUGUCCAUGAGGCAUUUGUAGAAAUCUACGAAGCAGGCAGCGAGGUGGUAGGCUCAUCAGGAGCUGGGAUAGAGGCUCCAAGUGACUCUGAAGAGUUUAGGGCUGACCACCCAUUCCUCUUCUUGAUCAAGCAUAACCCAACAAACAGCAUCCUCUUCUUUGGCAGAUGCUUUUCCCCUUAA